GCUCACUCGGGUAUGGCUCACUCGGGUAUGGCUCACUCGACCAUGUUUCUCUCCGCCUCACCGGCCAGGCUGGCACCCAAAUCCGCAUUCGUGCUGCCCUGGCUGCGGCUUGCUCUGCCGUCACCGGAUCUGCGGCGCCUUCUACAUGAACCUUUCCGCUGGGGGCCGCACCUUCUCGGGACAUACACACUACAUCCCCACCAUAGCCACGCCCGUACACCAUCAUGCGCCUCUCUAGCGCAGGGAAACAUGUCAUGUCAUCAGCCCUAUGGUGUUGACAUGUUGGAAAGAUUACAUACGCCUUGCUGGGCCUCACUCCUCACCGUUUGAGACCGGUCUGUUGGAUCUGAUCCUUCGGGCUACUGAUUGCUCCUUGCAUCCGUAAAGGCUAUGCGUAGCUUCCAAGCCUUGUGGGGGAGGCUCCUGUUCCAUAUAAGACCUGGCGGCCAGGUGCUUCUGCAUGCGGAUAGAUGGAACGAAAUUAUCCCCAGACCUCCGCCUAUUAGCCCUCAACACCCUCCUUUGUGUUGCUCCUCAACCAGCAAGCUUUGUCUUGGUUGCAUAUAUCCUUCGAGUCCACACUCUGCUAGCUAACUAGCUGUUGGUAACUGGCUUCCUUUGGCUCCAAAUACCCCUUGCUUGCAAGCUGCACCCGGUGAACAUGAGCAGCAUGCCUCACAAGCCAGACGUGCCGCCGGCGCUCGUCUCGUCCACCGAGCACUCGUCCGUCAAGCAGUUCCGCGACCGCGUGGUCUCGCAGCGGCAGACAACGCUCCGGGAGCUCACGCGGUUCCUGCAUACCAUCUGGCUCUUCACCGAGUCCGACGUCAAGACGGUGCUCGUGCCCUCGGCCCUGUUCGGGCUCGCCAACGCCGUGGCGCUGUGGCUGCUGCUGCCCGAGUCGGCGGGCGUGCCGCACCCGCGCGUGGUGCUGGGUCGGGCGCCCCAGAUUCUGCUCUACGUCUGGGUCAACCUGGUCGUCAUCGACAUCCAGAACCAGCGCGACCCGGACGCCAUCGAGGAGGACCGCAUCAACAAGCCCGGCCGCCCCCUGCCGUCGGGCAAGGUGUCCCCCAACGAGGCCGGCAGCCUGCUCGUCGCCUCCGUCAUCAUCGCCGUCCUCGCCAGCUACUGCCUGGGCGCGCCGGGCGCUAGCGUCCUCGUCAUCCUGCUCGGCUACGCAUACAGCGACCUGGGCGGCUCCGAGCACCCGUUGCUCAGGAACCUCCUCAACGCCCUGGGCAUGCCGUGCUUUGCCGUCGGCGCCCUCCAGGUCGCCCUGAACCCGACCUACCCUAACCCCUACCCCACCCCAUCAUCCCCCAGCGGCGGCGGUAACGGCCCGUGGGUGCCGCUGCUCGCGGGCCGCUGGGUCCUGGUCCUGGCGGCCGCCAUCUUCUCCACCAUCUCGAUCCAGGACAUCAAGGACCAGGAGGGCGACGCGGCGCGCGGCCGCCGCACCCUGCCGCUCGUCGUCGGCGACGCCGCCGCGCGCUGGCUCGUCGCGCUGCCCGUCCUGGCCUGGUCCGCGCUCCUGCCGUGGCUUUGGGGCUGCGCCACUGCGGCGGCCUACGCGCCCGUGCUCGGCCUGGGCCUCGUCGUCGCCGCCCGCACCGUCGCCGUGCGCGGCGACGUGCCCGCGGACAAGCGCACCUUCAAGAUCUGGUGCCUCUGGCUCGUCGCCAUCUACUGCCUGCCCCUGACCCGGGCCCUGCUCGGGGGCGAGGGGUUGAUGUUGGUCACGGCAUGAGGGUGAUUUCUACUCCAUGGCAGAUUUGCCAGUGUCUAAUUGCUUAUUUUCACUGUCCCGUUUGCGUCUUUCGAACUUGCUUCAUGCACAGAUCACAGCGGGUGAUCUACUUCCAAAAAAGCUCGUUGCAGCGAAUGCUUUUCUGUACAACAUAUCAUUCUAGUUAGCACCAAUACCAAUGAUAAGAAACUCUGUUUGCUUCAUAUCUCAAUUGAGUGACGUCUCCAACGCCAAC